AACGUUACUUUUAGGUUGAGAAAAGUCUUCUUCAAAGUUGACUGGGUUAGUACUGAUGUUCCUUUGCUUGCUGUAGAGCUUUGUGCGUUGUGAGUAGUGUCUAGCAUAGAUUUCAGGUGUUGGGUGGGAACCUCUGCCCUGCCCUGCGAAUUGUUGAUCUAGCUGACAAGUGUUCUGCAACGUUAGCCAAUACAGUCCUUGAACAGCAGAAUGGUUUUCUUUUUCGUCUGCAAUGUGGUGGAUCCACCUAUGGUGGUGUACAUGGGUGCUGACAAGCACGAAAAUGAGGAGCUUCUCAAGUACGGCCUCUCUGAAGACAUCUGGUUCCACGUGGACAAACUAUCGUCCGCUCACGUUUACCUGCGUCCACCUCGAGACAUGGCUGUUGAGGAUAUCCCAGAGGCGGCGAUCACUGACUGUGUUCAGCUCGUCAAAGCCAACAGCAUCCAGGGAAACAAGCUGAAUGGUAUCGAUGUCGUCUACACACCGUACCCGAACCUGAAGAAGACUGGAGAUAUGGUUGUAGGGCAGGUUGGCUUUCACAGCGACAAGGCAGUGAAAAAAGUGCGUGUGGAGAAGCGGGUCAAUGAGAUUGUGAAUAGGCUCAACAAGACGAAAGUAGAAAAGCACCCGGACUUGCGUGAGGAGCGAGACGAGCGUGAGCAAGAGGACGCUCGCGACCGGCGCCGUGCCGCAAAGAAACGCGAGGAGGAGGAGAAAGUCCUGGAAAAGGAGAGAAAGGAGCAGGCAGCACUUCGCUCGUACGAUACACUGAUGGACUCCAGCAAGAUGGAGAUGAACGAUUACGGUUCGGAUCCGGUAGAUGCCCGCGCUGUUGAGGAUGACUUCAUGUAACACGCCACAACCGCCACCUCUGUGAUACUAAUCUCACUUGAUUCCCGCUUCAGCACAGAGCUGGACUAAGAUGUGCAUCUAGCCAUGCGACAUAGCAGCACAGAGUACACCAGUCGGUGACAAUCUCUAGAUACUAUCCAACAGCCGGCUCGAUUCGGUGUGCAGAUGCUUCUUGGCCCCGCUGUGUAUAGCUUGCCUUGUCCGGCCGGAGUCUACUGCAUGGUUUGAGCUGCACGGCGGCGUGUAGCCCCCUUCGGUAUCGGCUUGCCGCUGUGACACUAGCAUGUGUGUGUGUGUGUGUGUGUGUGUGCGCGCGCUGUUGAUCCAUGCUGUAUGCUACCUACGCGUGCUCUGACUUGGCGCCAUACCAUUCUUCUCCCGGCUCGCCGCCUUCUGAUGCAUCGUGGCGCAGGUACAUCUGCACCGUGGCGCAGGUACAUCUGCACCGUGGCGCAGGUACAUCUGCACCGUGGCGCAGGUACCUCUGCGCCGGUGGAAAAUGCUGCCGUGCGGCAACGUGCGCCUGUGGCACCUCCAUCCGUACACAGCGUAGCGGCAGCAUUUCUCAUGGGAACCGCCGCACACUCGCUGAUACUUGUGCUGUGGCUUGAAGCUGUGACGAAUAUUUAAUGUUUGAUUUCAAUAAUUUUUUUAGUUUCAUGAUACUGAUACUUGUGUGGAAGGUCUUGUCAGAACCUUUUGCUUGUGUCUCGAGAAGGCCCCGGUUUUGUCCAUGCCCUUAGCUAACCUGGGUGGUCUUGCUGUCUGCUGCAUGCUAUUUUGAUUGUAGAGUUGCUACUCUCCCGCUUACGCAAGAUGGCAGCCUGAGCUUGCUGAAGCAGGUUAGAGUUGUCUGAUCUCCACACGUGACGCUGCUGUGGCAUUUACUCAA